UCAUGGUCUGGAUUCAUGGUGGAGGGUUUGCUAUGGGGUCAGCUUCCACGUAUGAUGGCUCCGCCCUGGCUGCUUACCAGGAUAUGGUCGUAGUUCUGAUCCAGCACCGUUUGGGACUUCUGGGCUUUCUCAGCACUGGAGAUGAGCACAUGUCUGGGAACUUUGGCAUGCUGGACCAGGUAGAAGCUCUGAGGUGGAUCCAGCAGCACAUUCACAACUUUGGAGGAAACCCAGAUGUAGUUACAAUAUUUGGGGAGUCAGCUGGCGGAGUGAGCGUAUCUCUACUGCUCCUCUCACCGUUGUCUGAUGGCCUCUUCCAUCAUGCCAUUGCUGAGAGUGGCACUGCUGGAAUGGAUCUUCUUGUUUCAAAUGAUCCUCUACCAGUAGCACAGAUGGUGGAAAAUAUUUCUGGCUGUAGCCUCGAAAGCACACAGAAGAUCGCUGAUUGCAUGAGAAUCGUCGACGUAAAGACUAUUGAGGCUUUGGGAGAGGAUCAAACCUUGAGAAUCUCUGUAAAUGUUGAUGGACACUUCCUGAGAAAAACAGUGGACGAGCUGUUCCGUACACAUGAACUUCUUACCGUACCAUUCAUGACCGGCAUUAAUAAUGAUGAAGGGGGCUGGAUGCUUGCUGGUUAUUUUGCUCCUCCAAACUGGACAGAGGGGAUGGAUAAGGAGCAUUUGAUGAACUCUCUGUACCUCUUCUUCCCUAAUCCCGAAGAUGCAAUUCUUAGAGAGUUAGGUAAGUCUGGGGUCCACUAG